GAGUCACCUCUGAACCUGCUCCCCUCUGAGACCACGACAGCUGAGGGAAAGGGAAGCAGGAGCGAGAGUUUCAGGGUGGCGUGUGGUCCCUCAGCACUGUGCUCUGCGAUGCCCUGAUGACCAUGGAUGUGAUGCUGUGCACAGCUUCCAUCUUCAACCUCUGUGCUAUCAGCGUGGAUCGGUUUAUCGCUGUUUCAGUCCCACUGAACUACAACCGGCGACAGAUCGACCUGCGGCAGCUGAUCCUCAUCUCCACCACGUGGAUAUUCGCCUUUGCUGUGGCAUCCCCAGUCAUAUUCGGCCUCAACAAUGUCCCGAACCGGGACCCCAGCUUGUGCCAGCUGGAGGAUGACAACUACAUUGUGUACUCCUCCAUCUGCUCCUUCUUCAUCCCUUGCCCCGUCAUGCUGGUGCUCUACUGCGCCAUGUUCCAGGGACUCAAGCGCUGGGAAGAAGCCAGGAAGGCCAAGCUAAGGGGUGGCAUCUACGGGGGCAACAGAAUGCUCUAUCACUCCUCACCCUUCAUUGAGAGAGAGCAGGUUGGCAUGGAGCCGGACGAAUACCACCAUUAUGCACACCCUGAGCACCCUCUUUCUGGGGACUAUGUGAUGAGCAAUGGGCUCCAGACUGUCUCCUACCCACACCUCAAGUACCCACACCCGGCACACAGUCAGAAGCGGGCCAAGAUCAACGGCCGGGAACGGAAGGCCAUGAGGGUACUGCCUGUGGUUGUUGGUGCUUUCCUCUUCUGCUGGACACCUUUUUUUGUGGUCCACAUUACAAGAGCUCUCUGCAAGUCCUGCACCAUUCCCACUCAAGUCACCAGCAUUGUCACCUGGCUGGGUUAUGUCAACAGCGCCGUCAACCCCAUCAUUUACACCGUUUUCAACGCCGAGUUCAGGAACUUCUUCCGCAAAGUCUUGCACCUUUUCUGCUGAGUUCACGGAACUGGAGGGAACAACCAGGAUAACUUUGUAUAGUUCAUUAAAGAUCUAUUUCUGCCUAAGGUCUGCUGUCUUUGCUGGGGAGGAGGGAAGGAAGAAAGAUGGUUCCAGGAUGGCAGCUUGAGGACGGUGGUUCCCAGCCCUCUGUCUCCACUGCGAGGAGUUGCAGGUGAGUGCAGUGGUAAUGGCUUGGAUAUUCCCCCCCCUGGAAGCUGCAGGUGUAGCCACUUCUUUAACACUUGGUGCUUGACAUAGACAUCAAGAGACCUCACAAGACAGUGGAUAUUGCACAGCUUGGCAAUCUUCCGACUAAUGAUUUUCAUGCAGGGCUGUUGCUUUCCAAGGGGUAAUUUGUGUGCUUAGAAAUAAAAGACUUGCUGGGAGGUCUCGAGGUUUUCUUUGACUAAGGAUAAUGAUUGCUUCACCAAUUUAUCAUCAACAAAUAAACAGGUUACGUUGCCACAGCAAUUAUACUACAGUCUUACAAGUUCAGUGUGCUAUAGGGGGUAGCUCCCCCAGAUGCCAGGGCCCUGAUGAGAAGCUUCUAGAGAACUUUAAUCACACAUGAGUCAUACCUACACAUCUUCAUUUAAGAUUGUUGUUCCACUCACGCUCUUCAGAAUCUCCGUAAUCAGAAGAUGCAAUAAAAACAAAAUUCAGACUGUAACCAAAGCAUUAGAUAUACUCUUCCACAAGCUGCGUAGUGAUGAUACUGGAGAGCUUUCUGCAUUGGUAUAAAUUGCUGCUCAGUUAUCUGCACAAAUGUGGGUUUGGCAAGCAUGGAUGUGGUAUGGCUGA